CGCGUGCAAUCUAAACUGUUGAUCGUGUUUUAGUGCUGUUUUGCGUUGGUGACAAGUCACGAUACAUACUGAGGACGACGCAUACCAGCCCACACAAUGGUAGGGCUCGCAUUGGUGCUCAUCCUAUCGUCACUAGCAGUUCGGACUUGGUGCAGUAACGACUGCGCGCCUUGCGCGUGUCAGCCUGACGUCCAGGGGACCGUUGACGUGGACUGCAGCGGGCUGGGUCUCACCGAGCUCCCGCACAACAUUCCCAACAACACGGCCUACCUCGGCUUCAAGUACAACAACCUCACAACGCUAGACCUGGACGUACUUUGCAAGCUGAGACUCUUAGAAGGUGUAGACUUGUCAAAGAAUAAAAUAUCCUCAAUACAUGGCUCUUUUAGCUGCUUCGAAUAUCUAUCCCUAGACCUGUCGAAUAAUUCCUUGGAAACUCUUGACAGAAAGACAUUCGGGUUUUCCUUGAGGUGGCUUAAACAGGCCUUCUUGUUUAACAACCCGUGGAAAUGUGACUGCCAUUUGCUAUGGUUAAAGUUAGACAUACACAGAUACAAGAACAAGAUUCCAUCCAAGGAUGUUAGAUGCCAAAGCCCGUCAGGGUUGGAAGGGAAACUGUUGAAGGACGUCAAACCAGAGGACUUCGUCUGCCCUUUCCCAUUUUGGGCUGAGGUCUUAAUCGGUGUUGCCUGUGUGGUACUUUUUGUCGGCGUAGGAGUUACGCUAGGUUGUUGGUGGAGAAGAAAACAGAAGAAAAGGAAACGAAAACCAACAUUCUGCAAGGACGGGUGUGUACCAACAGCUACAUCUCUGAUACUAGAGUGGAAGUUUGCAGAAGGUUACAAUCCGGCGACAUGCCUGGUACACAUCACAGGUGGUGUCGUGGAGACACUGACCGUGCCAAGAGACCAGUGCGUGGACGGGACGUGGACACUACAAGUUUCAGAGGGCAUCACGUGUAAUACGGAGUACAACGUGCGUGUGACUGGAGGCACCGAGACAGACCUGGGACCUUCCAGUGACACCAUCUGUCUGGUGACCGUCGGUCCAGGACGACGUGAAGACAGUACAGAGUACGUAAAAGACUUCUGGAUCAUAGGCCACCAGGAUGACCGGAGUCGGAUAGAAAAACUCUGCAAAGCUCUUGAGAAACAUCACGAGCUGACUGGUGGGACGGACUACAGGGACAGUGAAGGCGGAGACAGUGUGUUCGAUAGCUUAGACAAUGCUAUCUCCACCUCGAAGAUAAUCAUUGUUGUCCUAAGCAAUAACACCAAAGGAGGGUGGGUCAAAUACAAGAUACAAACUGUCCGGCACUGUCUCAUGGACACCAAUGAGGAAGAACAGCAAACAAGCCGACGACUUAUACCAGUCAGACUCACACGAUGUGGAAAACCUCACUGUUUGCAGACUCUAGAAACGUUAGAUAAUGGGGACAAAUACUUUUGGAGAAAACUGCUGGCUACUUUCAACAAGGGCAGCUGCAAUGAAGACGACAGAACGACCGAAACUGCACCACUGGUUCAGAACAAUGGGCCACAUGUCGUCUGAUAUUUUUGCAUGACGAAAUCGAAAGUGAAAGGUGUGUCUGUUCUGUAGACAGACAAUGGUCUGCAUUAUUUAGUCAUGUCAAUGGAAUGUAGCUGUACGAAAGUGAAAGCUAUUUCUUAAAGAUUUCUGUGGUGCUGCUUAUGUUAUUCGGGAAAUUGUUGCAUUUCUGUGUACAAUAUUGUGAAUGGUUCCGGAAUGUUGCUAAAAUUACAUGUUGCCUUAAAUGUUGACAAUGGUUUAGAAAUUAAUUCCACCAUGUUAUCAGAUAGAAACGCAUGCUAUUAUACUGUUGUUGAUGACAUAGCGAAGAUAUAUGCAUAUUUCUAAUUUUAUUAGGCAAGCAUGCAAUAUGUGUACAUAACUAAGCUUUAAGCAAGUCAUUCAUACCCACCUAUUAUAUUAUGCAAUAUGCAUUACAUCCUUCUUAACAUAGGCACAUGCCAUGUGUAGUUAAUCCUUAUACCUUCUGCCCAUAAAUA